AUGUCUGAGGAUGGCAAUAACCGUGCCAGAAGGACUACAAAUAAGAAUAUUAACUACAAUGAGAAGCAAGUGGAUGCAGAGAUUGCAAAGAGGAUUCAGCAGCACGAAAAGGACGCUAGCAAAGCAGGUACACCGUCAAAGAAAAAUAGAAAAGGAACACCGGUGGGGGGCCGUACCUCUGCGAAUAGCAGUGGUAGUAAUAGUAGCAAUGACAGUGGUAGCGGGAAUAAUGGUACUAAAUUCAAAUAUCACAAGUUCAUACAUGAUAAACAGACCGUAUGGAAUUUUAUUCCCAAAUUACCACCAUCUUUUAGAAAAAAUAGUAGAUUUUCAAAUGUUUUGGACCUGGAUGAUUCUUUUGUAGAUAUUAAAUCGCAAAUUUUGUUUAAUGACGAAUCCACUCUAUUAAACGUGAAUGAAACAAUAUAUAUGGUGUCUGAACCUCCCGGAGAACCUUACUACAUCGGGAGAGUCGUGGAAUUCAUUCCAAAAGCUGAAUUCAGACAAGAAAUUGAAUCUUCGUCUCAUCUAAUAACGAAAUAUCCAGCAAAAUAUUUUCAAAUUAGAAUGAACUGGUAUUACAGACCAAGAGAUAUUCAAGAAAGGGUCAAUAAUCCCGACCCAAGACUAGUCUAUGCAUCUUUGCACCAAGAUAUAUGUCCCAUUUCGUCAUACAGAGGUAAAUGUACAGUUUUACAUAGGGUUGAAAUGAUGGACUUUCUACCAAAUGAGACUGAAAGUAUUGUAAGGCCUAAUGUUUUCUUUUUUGAUCAGUUGUUCGACAGAUAUACAUUGAGAUACUAUAACGUCUAUAGUACUGAUAAGCUAUUGAACUAUCUCGACAGCCGUUCGCCGUACCUUUAUGCUCUGAAUAAGAGAUAUCGUUACGUAUACACAGAAGAAAAAUAUCCAUUUGAAAAAGUUUUACAAAAAUACGUAUUCAAAAACCAUAAUAUUAAAGAUGACGAAGAACCCUGGGAUCAACGAUGUCAGAUCUGCAGGGAGUGGGCCCUGUCUAACGAAUCUCUCUGCUGUGACGAAUGUGGUGUCCAUAUCCACUUAUAUUGUAUGGAUCCGCCCUUGGAAAGAAAACCUAAUAGAGGUAUAGUAUGGGUGUGUUUCAACUGCAUAAAACUCCAAGAAAAUACUAAAGAAGCAUUGGAUAGAGUUAAAAGGGAACAACAAGAGGAAUCGGAUUACAUAUGUAACUCCCGAGAAACCCUAAAUGAUAUUGCCACCAAUGCAAUUAAUAGUAACAUUGGAUACAAUAAGGAAAACUGUUGGUUCCAAUAUGCAGGUCUGCACGCCAUUUCCACAAUGGAUGCUAUUUUAUCAGAAAAAAUAUUUCUACCAUUCCCAUUCAAGGGAUCUCGAUUUGGGAGUAGAUUCCAAUGGUCAGGAUGUAAUGAAACCAAAGAUACUAAAACUUUGAUACCUUACAAAGAUAAUGUUGAUGAGCGAGGGACAGAUAAAAGUGCUGAUUUAUUGUGGGUAAUGGAUACUUCAAAAUUGGCGAAAGAACAAGUAGACCAAUACGUUGCUAAAUGUAAAAGGGAAAUGCCGGAAUCCUUAAAAAUGCAACCGGAAAGCUGUAAUUUCCUAGAUUAUAUUGUCAAAGCAUUGAAAGAUAACAAUUAUAAUGUUGAAUUAGCUUUCAAACAAUCAAUGGGAUCUUUAUCGAGACAGACUCUAAAAGAGCCCACUUUCUCUGAAGAUGAAUUAAGUAGGUUCGAAGAGGCUAUCAAGAUGUUUGGACCCGAGCUAAGGCCAGUCUAUGAACAUGUUAAAACCCAGCCAAUGUCCAUGAUUGUCAGAUUAUUCUAUAAUUGGAAAAAAACUGAAAGAGGCAGGUUCGUACGUGGAAAGUUUCACAAACUGAAAGAAAUGAAUAAAAAGACAACGGAAGAAGAUGAUUCAAUUGAGACAAGACAUUCACAGGACGUCCCAAUAUUAAGAAAGCGCCCCGUUACAGAAGAACCCGAGUUUAGAUAUGUCGACGAUUCAUCUUUUGAUACCACUAGGCUUUCUUUGGCAAAUAAAGAUUUCCAAUGCAUGUUUUGCCAAGUGAAUUAUUCUCCAAUGUGGUAUAAAGUCACUGGAGGGUCUGACGAAGAACAUAUAAAGGCACGAGUUCAAAGUGGGGUGAACGAAAAGGCUGAAACAGCUGAAAAAAGCAAAAUGAACAAAAUGAGUGACUCUGACAAGUUGGGUGCUCUUUGUAUACGAUGUGCUCGUCUGUGGCGUAGAUAUGCUAUACAUUGGCAACAUCCUUUGGAGGUUAUAAAAAAGCUAUGUGGUACAAGUGCCUCCAAUUAUCAUUCUUUUUUAGAGAAGAUUGUGGAAGAGGAAAAUAUAAACAGUUUUACACUUUCACCUCAGACAUCUAAAUCGAAAAACUUGGAAUGGGAGUUAGUCCAAGAUGCAGAAUUAAUCGUAAGGCAACGUUUGAAGGUAUUUGAAGAUCCCUCGACACUGACAAAAAUGAGAAAGCAUUCAAUGAAUUUUCAUAAACAACUGGCCAAAAUGGUUACUCGGCCCUAUAAUAAAUAUGCAUAUGAUAUCACUAACAUGAAAUAUGAACUCAAUUCAUUUUUAAAAGACAUAAAGAAAGAACGAUCAAAGCAUACACAAGCACCCAAGAUUGCUUCGAAUAACUUGUCGACUCAAUCAGAAAACGUUAAUCCGGGACUACGCGGUUCAGAAAUUGUUGCUAGCUCCAAACAUUCACGUAAGAAUGCCUCGAGUGAAGCAAAUAAAACUAGCACACAUAAGAGAAAGCAGCCCCCUGCAGAAAAAGGAGAAAAGCUUCAAUCUGUCACGCAGUUAAGUACAUUGCUUGACGUAGGAACCUUAAAAAAUGUCAAGAUGGUCGUUGACAAGAAGUUUGAGAGCGUCCAGCUCGAGAAAAAAAUUUACGAAGAAUUACUACCAAAGAAGCAUCAGAGGGAAGAUGGAUCUGAGAAAAAUAAAGUGGCCAAGAAGGUGAAGAGUGAUCAUGCUUCUGCAAAAAAUAUGGAUGAGCUUAGGAAAGUUUUGGAUAUUAUGGAUGAUCUGAAUCCGUUGCCCAAACCCGUCCCCGUGAUAUUUAAUGGAAGGAACACGACUGAUUUUCUUCAAGCUUACCAAAAACUGGAGAUGAGAAAUGAAAAUAUAGAAAGUUCAGUGUCUUCAAUUAAUAAAGGAAAAAGUUCUUCACCAUUCGGAAAAGAUAGCGAAUUUUUAUCAGAAUAUCCUGACAAGGAUAGACACUUUUGUUGUGUAUGUAAGGGUGGUUUUUCAGGUGCAAAUGAUAAUGAAAUUUCUUGCCAAAAUUGUGGACUAAAUGUGCAUGCUACCUGUUAUGGUGUACCACUAAAAGGGAGCAGGUCGCACGAUGGCGUUAAAUGGUCGCAGCAUAGAUGGCUUUGUGAUCCUUGCUCAAACGAUCUUAACCCAAUCAUAUCCACUACUUAUAAUUGCUCACUGUGUUAUGCAAAGGAGUUAGAUUACGCUGGUAGUAAACGUGGCAGCGCUCAUGCUUGUCCUGACGCACUGAAGUGUACCACCGAUGGCAAGUGGGUCCAUGCAAUAUGUUCUCUCUUCAACGACCAUAUAUAUUACGGAGACGGGCCUUUAAUGCAACCUGCUGUCAACGUAACCACAGAAGUAUUAAGAAAUAAGGACACUCUUUGUAAUAUUUGCGAAAUGAAAGGCGGUGGGUUUGUUACAUGUGAUAAAUGUCCCCAAAAGUUUCAUAUAACAUGCGCACAGGAUGCACCAGGCUACAGGCUACUAUUCAAGAUCGAUUACAUUCCUGAUUCAGAAAAUUAUAUCGGCACUAUUAUUAUAAAUGAAGCAGAUAAAACCAGGGUUGUUCUAUCUCCGAAAAUUAUCUGUAAUAAGCAUAAUGAUGACCAACUUGUUUCUCAACAGUACCAUCCCAUAGAUUCUCAUAUGAACUAUUAUUCCUUCAUUGAACUGUAUUCCAAACAUUUUAAACGGAAUAUUACAAGCAAUACGGUACUCACGAGAUAUGUAGAGCAACAAGCUCUGAGAAAUGAUGGUAAGGUAGUAUACGACAAAUUACUUAGCCACGAUGAGAUUUCCAACAAGCAUUUAACUUCUGAGCCUUUUGUACUUAAAAUAAAGAAACUAUGUGAACGUUGUAGUACUACCAACAAUCUUCUAUGGUUUAACGAUCAUUUAUGUCACAAUUGCCAUUUACAAAAGACUAAUAGCCGUGGCAUUUGCGAGCAACUUCCAGUAGCUUUACGCCGACCUACCGCAUCUAGUAAUGAAAUAUUGAGUCACACUGACAAAGAGAGAUUACUGGAUGGCGUCGACCGGGGAUCAAGCACCUUAUAA